AUGUCUCCUUCGACCGAUCGCAAGCGUGCUGUGCGCAUCGCGGGAUGCUCGGGUGGCUUUACAGACCGCUCGACUGCCAUUACGCGUAUGGCCGGUGAUCCAGAAGUCGAUGUAGUCAUGGGCGACUGGCUAUCGGAAAUGACAAUGACGGUGCAUGGUAGCGGCAAAGUCAAAAAACAAGGCAACAAACAGACCAACGGAACGCAAAGCCUGGAAGAGCGUAAGAAGACGGCCAUGUAUGCCGAUACGUUUCUGCAGUGCUUUGAGCCUGCAAUCCCGAAUCUAGUCAAGAACAAGACGAAGCUUGCUGUCAAUGCCGGCGCGUCAGACACUGAACUCCUAGCUGAAGUUGUUGUCGACAUGUUGUCGAAACAAGGGGCUGGACACGUCAAGGUGGCGUGGAUAGAAGGCGAUGAUGUGACGAGCCAGGUCAGCAGCUUGAUCAAAAGGGGAGAAAAGUUUGAAAGCCUCAUGCACGGGAAGAAGCUGGAAGAAUGGGGCAUGGAGCCCAUAUGCGCCCAAGCCUAUCUAGGCGGGUUAUGCAUAGCAGAGGCGCUUCGCCAGGGUGGCAACAUAGUGAUUGCCGGGCGAGUUGCCGAUGCUGCGCCUGUCAUUGGUGCUGCGGCCUGGUGGCACGAUUGGCAAAACGACCAGUUCGACGAGCUUGCUGGGGCUCUUGUCGCAGGACAUUUGAUCGAGUGCUCGAGCUAUGUGUGUGGAGGAUACUACUCCAUGUUCAAGGAUCUGAUCAAGACUGGCAAGCAUGUCAACAUGGGAUUUCCCAUUGCUGAAGUCGAAUAUGAUGGUACAUUCAACAUUGCAAAGGAGAAGAACAGCGGCGGAUGUGUAACGGUUGCAUCAUGUGCGUCCCAGCUGCUGUACGAGAUUCAAGGACCGCUAUACUACAAUUGCGAUGUUACAGCUGACAUUACCGACGUCAAGAUGGAGCAGGUGGGCGAGGACAUUGUACGUGUCAGUGGAGUUAAAGGGUUGCCUCCUCCACCCACGACCAAGAUCGGUAUUACUGCACCUGCAGGCUGGCAAUGCGAAUGGCACAUGUACAUGUGCGGGCUGGAUAUCGAGGAAAAAUGCAAAGUCACCCAAGACCAAAUCAGACAUGCCAUGGGCGAAAGCGUCAAGCGCUUCACAACACUUCGAUUCCAUGCCAUUGGCUCGUCACCGCUAGACGCUCGCCACCAAGAUGCAGCAACAGUCGACUUUCGCGUCUUCGCGCAGACGUCGGACCCGGAGCUUGUGCGCCCCGAUGUUCCCAACGGCUUCAACCGAUGGUGUCUCGAGGUGUUCCUGCAGUGCGCUCCGGGCCUCUCCCUCACCAAUGACCUGCGGCAGAUUGCGCCCAAGCCCUACUACGAGUAUUGGGUCACGCUCAUGUCUCAAGACCAACUUCCGCUACGCAUCCACGCCCUUUUCGGUCACGGCCAAAUCACGACGCUCCAGCCACCGAAAACCACACGCCAAUAUCCCCGGCAGCAGCCUUCGUACGAGACAUUGUCGCCCGUUGAUGUGGCUUCUUUUGGCGAGACGGUGCGUGCGCCGCUGGGCUACAUUGUUGCGGGACGGUCUGGCGACAAGGCGUCGGAUUGCAAUUGUGGGUUUUUUGUUCGCCAUGAUGACGAGUGGGACUGGCUACGGUCGUUUAUGACGGUUGAGCGGGUGAAGCAGCUGCUUGGGGAGGAAGAGUACAAGGGCAAGGCGAUUGAUCGGUUUGAGAUGGCAGGGAUCCGUGCAGUCCACUUUUUGCUGCAUGACCAGCUCGAUCGGGGGUACAAUGCAAGUUCUGAACUGGAUACUCUGGGAAAGAACACCAUGGAGUACAUGCGUGCCAAGACGGUCGAUUUGCCCAAGAAGUUUUUGGACCGCGGCCGCAUUUAG